AUGCCGCCACAUCCCGCCGAGCUGUGGCAGCAGAGUUCGAGCUUCUUUAGCAGAAUGAAAGACUACUACUACCCUCAAGCCGACGACCCGCCCACGCCAGCCAUAUCUGAGCAAACGGCCCUGCUCUGUGAACUACUCUUCACCGCAUUCUACGUGGCUCCGUUCUACCUGUCACCAACGCUCCGAUCGACGCCUCUAAACUCUCGAGAUGCACCGAUAGUCAUCCGCGCUCGCAUGCGGGCGGUCGGCCUUACCUGCAUCGCCUGCAUGGUCGUGACCAUCUACGUACUCGCAAUGGAAGGGCACGCCACGCCCAGGGAAGUGCUACGCUUGCUGGGAGUCUGGCCUUUCGACCCACUAGACAUCCUGAAAGUGCUGGCAUUGGUGCUGGUUCUAUUCACCUGCUCCCUCUACGAAGAGCUCAUCGUCGACAGCGAGUGGCGAGACUGGAGCUGGUCAAACUUCCGCCAAUCCAUCUUCGACAGCUGGGUCGGCUACCGCAACCUCGUCGCCGCCCCCUUCAGCGAAGAAUUCGUCUUCCGCUCCUUCACCAUCCCGCUCUUCCUCCUCGCCAAAACCGACCCCAUCCGCAUCGUCUUCACCACACCCCUCGUCUUCGGCCUCGCACACCUGCACCACCUGACUGAAUACCUCCAAGCCCGGACACCCAAAGGCAACCGCUUCCCACCCUUCCAAGCCUGGCUCUCCGGCAUCCUGCGCAGCGUCUUCCAGUUCGCCUACACCAGCCUCUUCGGCUUCUUCGCCGCCUUUGUCUUCCUCCGCACCGGCAACAUCUGGGCUGCCAUCGUUGCGCACAGCUUCUGCAACCGCAUGGGGCUGCCGCGGGUGUGGGGGAAAGUCGGGCAGUUCGCUGAUUACGAUUAUAUCCCGGCGGAGAUGAAGAAGCCUACUGCGCUGGGGCAGGGGAAGCGGGAUGAGGAUGGAGAUGCUGGGGCGCCGGUGAGGGUGGGGGAUGGCUCAAUAGAUGUGGGGGAGCAGGAGAGUGUGCAACUGAAUGGGACGACAUCUCAGCAGGUUGGGCCGAAGAAUCUAGGGUUGACGUGGACGGUGGUGUAUUACAGUCUGAUCUUUGUGGGAGCCACUCCUUUGCCUGUCCCUUCAAACGUGCGCAGUCCUAAUCCUCGAGUCCGUAGACAACUUAGGAAGGCACUCCAGUCGGAGCCACCCACCACAACCAUGGCAGACGCCGUCGCCCUCAAGAACAAGGGCAACGACGCCUUCAAGAACCACGACUGGCCGACCGCAAUCGACUUCUACACCCAAGCCAUCGACGCCAAACCCUCCGAGCCCUCCUUCUACUCCAACCGCGCGCAAGCCAACAUCAAGCUCGAAGCCUACGGCUACGCCAUCGCCGACGCCUCCAAAGCCAUCGAGAUCAACGCCGACUUUGUGAAAGCUUACUACAGAAGAGCAGUAGCGAAUACGGCGAUCCUGAAGCAUGGGGACGCGAUACACGACUGGAAAAUUGUGGUGAGGAAGAACCCCGGAGACAAGGUCGCGAAGGCGCAGUAUGAGGCGUGCCAGAAGCUGGUGAAGCGGGAUGCUUUCCUCAAGGCGAUCGAGGUGGCAGAUGCGCCGAGUGCGGCCGAGGGGUUGGAGGUGGAGAAUAUGGUAGUGGAGGACUCGUACGACGGGGUGAGGUUAAAAGACGAGAUGACGGAGGAGUUUCUGCAAGACAUGAUCGAGCGGUUCAAGACCGGGAAAAAGUUACACCGCAAAUACGUCUACCAAAUCAUCCUCGCAGUCACCGAGCUUGUCCGCGCCGAACCCACCAUGGUCGAGAUGCAAGUGCAGAAAGACCAACGCCUCACCAUCUGCGGCGACACGCACGGCCAAUACUUCGACCUGCUCAACAUCUUCAAACUCGCCGGUGCCCCGAGCACCGCCCACAGCUUCCUCUUCAACGGCGACUUCGUCGACCGCGGCAGCUGGUCCACCGAGAUCGCCCUCCUGCUCUACGCCUACAAAUGGCUGCUCCCCCGCAACAUCUUCCUCAACCGCGGCAACCACGAGACGGACGACAUGAACCGCAUGUACGGCUUCGAGGGCGAGUGCAAAGCGAAAUACUCCGAGCGCGUGUUCAAGCUCUUCUCCGAGUCCUUCUCCGCGCUUCCCCUCGCCACGCUGGUGGGGGACAAGUACUUCGUGCUGCACGGCGGCCUGUUCUCCGACGACGACAUCACCCUCGACAACAUCCGCAAACUCGACCGCCACGCGCAGCGCCAACCAGGCCAGUCCGGGCUGAUGAUGGAAAUGCUCUGGACGGACCCACAAACGCUCCCGGGUCGCGGACCAUCCAAACGCGGCGUCGGGCUCCAGUUCGGCCCGGACGUCACGAAGCGCUUCUGCGAGAAGAACGGGCUCGACGCCAUCAUCCGCUCGCACGAAGUGCGCAUGGAGGGUUAUGAAGUCGAGCACGACGGACGAUGUAUUACGGUGUUCUCGGCGCCGAAGUACUGCGAUUCGACGGAGAACAAAGGGGCGUAUAUCGAUGUGGAGCACGAUUUGAAAUUGCAGUAUCGGCAGUUUGACGCCGUGCCGCAUCCGGAUGUCAAGCCGAUGGCGUAUGCGAAUAAUGGGUUGAUGAGUAUGAUGGGGGGUUGA